UCUCUCUCUAUAUAUUAUUUAUGUACAGAAUAUUCCGUAUCAUUUCAUACAUUCACAUACACGUUAACUAAUAUUCGCUACUGAAAACAUGGCUGAGCCACCGUGUUCAGCCGCAGAGAGCUCUUCCAGCACCACCUCCGCCGUGUCCGCGCCAAACUCUGAUGAGAAUACUGACAAGAAAUGCAGGAAACGAGGAAGCCAUCAUGGAAACAAGCAUCCAGUUUACAGGGGAGUGAGAAUGCGAAGCUGGGGGAAAUGGGUCUGUGAAAUCCGGCAGCCGCGCAUGAACUCGCGCAUUUGGCUCGGCACUUACUCCACGGCGGAGAUGGCGGCGCGGGCCCACGACUCUGCCGCUUUGAGCAUAAAGGGAAACUCGGCCGUUCUCAACUUCCCUCAGCUGAGGAAUUCGCUGCCGCGCCCGGCUUCGCUCUCCCCGCGGGAUGUCCAGGCUGCUGCGGCAAAAGCGGCGGUGAUGGAGGAGCUCAGCCCGUCGUGCUCGUCUUCUACCUCUGGUUCGUCGAUGUGUGAUCAAGAGAAUGGCGGGUCGGAGGAGCUGGGGGAGAUAAUUGAGUUGCCGAGUUUGGAGGGGAACUACGACUCGUGGGGAAGUGAGUAUUCAGUAGUCGACACGGCGGAGGAAGGGUGGCUGAAUCCGGCGUGGUGUGCGGCGGACAAGGAAAUCGGUGAGUAUAUUUAUGAUCAAGUGGGUGGUGGUACUGGGAGCUUGAACCCCAGCAGUUUCGAGACACUGAGAUGGGCUUGCUAGGUGUUCCUUGUGCUUUUGUGAUUGUACAUCUGGUUUCCCAUUUCUUAUAAUUAUUAUGUAUAUAACUAUUCUUUCCAUUUUUAUUUUUUAAAUCUCAAAUAAUUCGACUCUGUGUAAUCUCAAUUUGUAUGUAUGUCCUAUUUUUUUUGUAGCAAUUUCAU